AGAACGAAAAACAGGUUAAAUCCAUUGAAAUUUUAUAAUACACAAAACUUGUAAAUCUGUACCAUUUUCUAAGAUGUGUUUAUUCAAAUAGACUUUCGUUUCCUUGAGUGUAUUACCAGCUCGAUUUUGAGUUUCUAUAUCCGGGAGGAUUAUUUCAACAUUUUUGUUGAUUAAUUUUGGUUAUAUGUUUGGAGUUUGCAACAGAAUUUCGAAGUCGACCUCGAGGUCGACAAUGGCAGGAACGAGUAACUUCCUUAUACGUCUCCUCCUCCUUCCCUUGAUUAUUGCACAAGGCCAUUUUAGCUUUCACUUCAACCAAUUUAAUGCAUCGACCCUUGAAUUGUUUGGGGAUGCUUCAGUGCAGUCCAACGCCAUCUCUCUUAAUCAUCAAUCCAAAUUUAGCAUCGGCCGUGCUUUUUAUCGUUAUCCAAUAAAAGAUAGUGGGUCUCCGAAUUCUGCUUUGUCUUUCAGCACAACUUUUGUGUUUAGCGUUGCUCCUUCUUCAGAAUCAGUGAGCGGGCAUGGAAUGGCGUUUAUAAUGACGCCCAACAGAUCUACAAAGGGAUAUUUAGUAGCUGAGUUCCUUGGCUUGUUUAGCGAUCUUUCAAGCUUGGGAAAUGCCUCUAAUCACCUGUUUGCAGUCGAGUUCGACACAGUAAAGAACCAGGAAUUUCACGACAUCAACGACAAUCACGUUGGUGUGGAUAUCAACGAUCUCAGGUCUGUAAACUCUACGACUGCCGGCUUUUGGACAGACAACAAUCAGUUCCAAGUUUUGAAUCUCAAGAGCGGAAAGAAUAUUCAGGCUUGGAUUGAUUAUGACAAUCUUCAAAGCGAGCUCAAAAUCACCAUUGUGGAGGCUGGUCUUGAUCGCCCACAAAAGCCACUGUUACAUGUGAAAAAUAUAUCUCUGUCCCAUAUUCUAGAAGAAGAAAUCUAUGUUGGUUUCUCAGCUGCUACGGGGGUCAUGUUUGAGGAGAACUACAUCCUGGCUUGGAGCUUUACUACAAACGGAACCGCCCAGUCCCUGAAUACAUCUAGUCUUCCAUCCUUCAUACACAGAAAAUCCAAGAGCUCAAAUUCUUCACUAAUAGCCGGCAUAAGCACAGCUUGCGUACUCCUGCUCGUUGUCGUUGUGGUAGCAUCACUUUUUUUGUUGAAGAGAAACGAUUACAGAGAUAUUAUCGAAGAAUGGGAGGAGGAGUAUUGGCCUCAUAGGUUUAAGUACAAAGACUUACAUAUUGCAACAAAGGGGUUCGGAGACGAAGAACUUUUAGGGUCUGGAGGCUUCGGCCGGGUGUACAGAGGAGUACUUCCCACAAAUGGCCUUGAAGUAGCGGUGAAAUAUAUUCUUAGAGAAACCUAUGAGGGGGUGAAAGAAUUCAUUGCAGAGGUGUCCAGUCUUGGUCGCCUUCAACAUCGGAAUCUUGUGCAAAUCAGAGGCUUCUGCAGGCGUGGCAAAAAACUAUUCAUAGUUUAUGAUUACAUGCCAAAUGGGAGCCUGGACAAAAUGAUAUUUGGAAACCCAAAUAUCGUGUUAGGAUGGAGUCAAAGGUACAGAAUCCUCAGGGAUGUUGCUGCGGGGCUGGUGUAUCUUCAUGAAGAGUGGGAGCAACGUGUAGUGCACAGAGACAUUAAGUCCAGCAACGUUCUGCUUGACUCAGAGCUCAAUGGAAAGUUAGGUGAUUUUGGACUUGCCCGUCUCUACGAACAUAACGAAAACUCCCGGACCACUCGAGUGGUUGGAACGCUGGGGUACAUCGCACCGGAGCUGAUACACACAGGAAAGGCCAGCCCAGCCGCAGAUGUUUUCAGCUUCGGUAUCUUAAUGUUAGAGGUUGCAUGCGGAAGGAGACCAGUUGAUCUCUCUCUCCAGUCCUCUCAGAUAGUCAUGGUGGACUGGUUGAGAGAGCUGCAUGAAAGAGGCACUCUCAUGGAUGCCGCCGACUGGAAGCUUGGUGGGCAAUAUGUUGAAGCAGAGAUGGAAAGAGUACUUAAACUAGGUCUUCUGUGUUCUAAUUCUCAGCCAGAACGCAGGCUUGGCAUCAGAGAAGUUUUGAAAAUACUCGAAGAAGAAUCUCCAAUACCAGAUUUUGAUGAUCUCUUUUAUUUGGAGAUGAGUGGACCCAGCAGUGCUUGGAAUUCUCCAUAUCUCAGUCGUAGCAAAGAUGCUUCCAUUUCCAUGCCUGAAGACAGACAACAGACUCUGCAUGAACUAGGUCAAACAUCAGCCAUUGUUCUUAACUGAUGCAAGAUCCUGUAGUUCUGUCAUGUAAAUCGGCGUGAUGCUGCCUUCAAUACCAUGCAAAUCUCCUUCACUGCCAUGUGCAGUUUGACAGUCAAAAUUUAUUUAUAGUUUGUUUUCGUUUAAGUUCAGUUAAAGAGGUUUGGUUUCCUUUUUUUCAUCUGUCAGCGAGUAAUGCAUGUUGCAGUUUCUUAAUUUAUGAUAUUAACUAUUCUUUUUUCAGUAGCUACGG